AUGGCGGCGGCCGCGGGGUCGCCCUCUGGUACUGGGCGAGCAGCGGCGAGAUCUCGGCCUGCGCUCGCCCGGUUCCGGGGUUGUUUGGCCGGAGCGUUGUUGGGCGACUGCCUGGGUGCCGUCUUUGAAGACAGGAACUUGGUGAAACUCCCCGAUCUGCUGCGCUUCCUCCAAGGCCUGGAAUCGGCACCUGAGGAGGGGGAACCGGCCGGCAGCGCCCGCAGAGAAACACUUUCAUACACGGACGACACAGCCAUGAGCAGGUCGGUGGUGCAGUCCCUGCUAGCCAAGAAGGAGUUUGAUGAAGUUGAUAUGGCCAAGAGGUUUGCUGAGGAGUACAAGAAGGAGCCCAACAGGGGCUAUGGGAUGUCUGUUGUCAACGUCUUCAAGAAGCUCCUGAGCCCCAAGUGCAGCGAUGUGUUUGAACCAGCGAGAGCCCAGUUCAAUGGGAAGGGCUCCUAUGGCAAUGGGGCUGCCAUGAGGGUGGCAGGCAUCUCACUUGUGUACCCUGACAUCCAGGAUGUGAAGAAGUUUGCGAAGCUGAGUGCAGAGUUAACCCACGCCAACUCCCUGGGCUACAACGGGGCCAUCCUGCAGGCCCUGGCUGUGCACCUGGCUCUGCAGGGAGAGCUCAGCAAGGAGACCUUCCUGGAGCAGCUCAUUAACCACAUGGAAGAUGUGGAGGCAGAUGAUAAGUCUCUUACUGAUGCUCGAGCGCUGGGAUUUGAGGAUUUACCAUUUUCAAGGCGUCUAAAGAAGAUAAAGGAAUUCUUGGAGCUCAGCAGUGUUCCCAGAGCAGAUGUAUUGUCUGAAUUAGGCAACGGCAUUGCUGCCCUGCGCUCGGUCCCCACUGCCAUUUACUCCUUCUUGCGCUGCAUGGAGCCUGACCCUGAUAUUCCUGAUCACUACAGCAACCUGCAGAGGACCAUCACCUACUGCAUCUCUCUGGGUGGAGACACAGACACCAUUGCUACCAUGGCAGGAGCCAUCGCUGGGGCUUAUUAUGGGGAGGAGCAGAUCCCCCCAACCUGGGAGCAGAGCUGUGAAGCCUUUCAAGAGACACAGAAGAUAGCACAGAGCCUGCAUGAGCUGUACUGCCAGAAGCUCUCAGCCCAUGGGCAGCCUGGGCUCUGAGGGUGAAGCAGGAGCCUCUGCAACUUCCUACUGUUUUCCUCUACUCCUCAUGCUGUGGCCUUUGAGUUGUUAGUGGCCCGUCUUGCAGUGGCUCUGCUGGGCUUAGCAAAGCCCAGCAGACCUUCAGCUGAGGAUUAUGGGUGGGAAGUGAUCAUGGAGGCACAUCCCUGGAGAGCCUGGAGGGUGUCCUGCACGGUGGCAUGGGAUGUGGAGUGAAGAUGCUGAGGGUGAACCUUCUGGGAGAGUCACUUCUGUAGAGGCAGAACAAAAAGUGCUGGAGAUUGGAGAAAGGGACUCCUGGGCAUUGUCAGUGGCACUGGGGAAAUGUCCAUGGUGACAAUCCCAGCUGGCUCAUGGUUACUGCUGGAAGAGGCUGGA